AUGUCCAAAGCAGAAAGAUUAAGCUUAAGGGAGGAAUCGCGACGUAUGUUCUACCAUGCCUAUGAUGCAUAUAUGGACAAUGCCUACCCUGCAGAUGAAUUAAUGCCAUUAAGCUGUAAAGGUAGAUGGAGGGGUGUUACUCCAAGCAGGGGUGACAUGGAUGAUGUACUUGGAAAUUUUUCCCUCACGCUAGUAGACAGUCUAGACAGUCUCGUCGUGAUGGGAGAUUUUGCAGAGUUUAGCCGGGCCAUUAAGUUAGUUAUUAAUGACGUCACUUUCGACCAUGAUAUCGUCGUGUCGGUGUUUGAGACUAACAUUCGGAUGCUUGGAGGCUUAUUGUCCGCACACGUACUAGCAAUGGCAUUGAAACCUGAUGUUCCUGCUUUGCAAUGGUACGAGGGUGAGCUUCUCACGAUGGCUGAAGAUCUUGGCCGUAGAUUGCUCCCAGCCUUUAAUACAUCAACCGGAAUCCCCCAUGGACGAGUGAACCUUCGACACGGUAUACGAGGGCUGUCAGAAUCGCGUGAAACAUGCACUGCCUGUGCCGGGACUAUGAUAUUAGAAAUGGCAGCCCUUUCUCGUCUCACCGGCAACCCCGUGUACGAAACAAAGGCUCAUAAAGCUAUGGACCGUCUAUGGAAAAUUAGGCAUAGGACUUCUGAUUUAAUGGGUACAGUCAUAAACAUACACAACGGAGAUUGGGUUCGGAAAGAUUCGGGCGUUGGAGCGGGAAUUGACUCUUACUAUGAAUACUGUCUGAAGGCGUACAUACUUCUUGGAGACGAAAAAUAUCUGGCCAGAUUCAAUAGGCAUUAUAAUGCAGUUAUGAAGUAUAUAAGUAGAGGGCCUAUUAUGUUGGCUGUUCACAUGCAUAGGCCGCAUCUCCAAUCGCGUAACUUCAUGGACGCUUUACUCGCGUUCUGGCCGGGCCUACAAGUGCUACUAGGUGAUGUCCGACCCGCUGUUGAAACACACGAAAUGUUAUAUCAGGUCAUGCAACGGCACACAUUCAUUCCUGAAGCGUUUACGUCGGACUUCCAGGUCCAUUGGGGUCAACACCCACUCCGUCCAGAGUUCCUAGAGUCCACAUACUUCCUCCACCGUGUAACCGGUGACGAUCACUAUUUGCAAGUUGGUAAAACAGUGCUCAAAGCACUUCAACAACACACAAGAGUUCCUUGCGGCUAUGCGGCUGUAAACGAUGUAAGAACAAGAAUUCAAGAAGAUAGAAUGGACUCGUUUGUUCUAGCAGAAACAUUUAAAUACUUGUACAUGCUGUUCGGUGAAGAUAAAGAUUUGCCAGUCAAGUUGGAAGAUUACGUACUGACUACUGAAGCACAUUUCUUGCCUCUCUCUCUAGCAACUGAUGGCCGGAACGGCUCUUUGCUAACGUUCAAAAUUGAUGAUGAAGAUGACGAUAAAUAUAGAAAAACGUGUCCAAACACAGCGUCCCUAGUAGCAGAAAAAGUGAGGCAGCCGAUGCGUCAGAUGUUAGGUUCCACCGCUGCCAGGCCUCCCGCCAGGCUCCGUCCUUUGAACGACCCGCGUCAGAUACACGCUCUGUCAGACAUGGGCAUAUCAGUACUAACACUGCCUGAUGGCAGAGUUCAGCUCUUGUAUACCACUAAUACGGCUAAAUCAGCUAAAGACGCAGCCGAAGGCCUAACAUUCAUGCGUGAGAUGUCCAAAUGGAAUACACUAAGCGAUACAGAGAACGGGGUGGUUGCAGCGGGUGUUAAAAUCAAUGACAAAAUAUUCCCCGCCGGUCCCGGCCAUUUUGGUAAGGACAUAUCCGGUGACGACAGAUAUUCGGGAACACCGGUAUUUGUCACCCCUUCUGAUGCAUGCUCACCGAUAGAGAAUAAGAAGGAAAUGUGGGGCAGAUUCGCUCUAGCCACCCGAGGAGUUUGUACAUUUGCACAAAAAGUUAGGAAUAUCCAAGAGGCGGGUGCGACGUUUGCGGUCAUAUUGGACAAUGUAAAGGACUCUUCAUACGAAAACACUGUACUUUUCGCGAUGUCCGGCGAUGGUAAAGAUGACAUCGAAAUACCCGCCGUGUUUCUAUUUUCCCAGGAAGGUGCCUACUUGACUGAAGCUUUGCAAGAGAACCCCGAACUUAUAAUGACAGUGGGAGAGUUAAAAUCUAUGAAGUAUCAGUUUGAAAAAUCUUGCGAUAACGGAAAUUGUGAUCCCAUUAUGAACGCGCCAUCCAUUCCGGCGGACCGUGAAUCGUUCGUUCAUCUGAAAAAAGUACUUAGUCAACUCGUUGCCCAAUUUGAGUUGUCAUUAUCUAACGAAGAACCUAUACAAUCCAAAUCCUGUAGUGAAGACAACCUCGACCUGCAAGUGUCCAAAGAGAAAUUCGUAAAUGAAGACCGUAGUGUCUGCACAAAUUGUAAUGAUAAGGAUAAAGACAACGAACCCACUGACAAAUAUGAGUAUGACAAGAAUAAAGCUGGCGACAUC